AUGUCUGUCUUUGAAGUUGAGCUGGUGACCUUGCUGCAGAUGUGGGUUGUCCCUUUGUACUUCACAACGAAGCUCUGCUGGUGGCGGUUUCAGUCUAUGUGGGGAAUGUUCUCCCUUCUUACUAGUGACAUCCUCUUCAGAGCUGCCCAGAAACCGCUUUCAGGGCAGACCCACAGAUUGGUCUACAAAAGCUUUCUUCUAAUCUAUAUCAGCUAUACGUUUGGUGUAGUGGGUUAUUUGGCCAUUGUGUUGACAAUGUGUGGAUUCAAUCUAAUAUUCAAAAUCAAAUCUAGAGAUGCCCUGGAGUUGGGGAUUGGAACCUUGUUCCAUGGCCUUUACUAUGGAAUAAUAGAGUGAGACUUCGCUGAGAUCUGUUCAGACUACGUGGCAUCUACUAUGGGGUUCCUCUGUGUCGGCGGGAUGCCCACCAGGAGUCUGUCUGGCAGUAUCUGUGCCAUCUGUGGACAGAAGGUCUUUGUGGCACUUGACAAGAAAGGCUCCGAAAACACCUACCAGUUGUCAGGUGUGUUUAGCUUUCAUGAAUUCUGCAUCCGAGGCUGGUGUAUUGUCAGGAAGAAGCAUCCUGACUGCAAAGAGAAGGUUGAUCUGAAGAGGAUGAUCAGCAACCCCUGGGAGUGCACACACAUGCUGUAUGCAAAGGUCUUGGAUUGACUUCAUUCCUUGGUGGCCUGGCAGCCAAUUGGAAUAGUUCAAGGCAUUAACUAUUUCCUGAAGCUGGAAUAGCAUCACAGACUUCCGCAAUGCAUUGCAUGGUGGGAAUAUUUUCAAAUCGUUGGUCCUGCCUUUAAUAUUGGUAUGCUGUUUGGAAUUUGGAGAUGAUCCAAAGAGGUCAGGAAACAAAGUUUGAUGUCACACUUAACACAGCUUAUCUCUAUAGAAAGAAUUAAAAGCUAAACAAUGGGAUAAACAAAGUGUGCGUUUUCCUCUUUCCUGGAACACUUACUAUUUCGCCCGUGCUUGGAACACACUUGUUAGAUCUCUUCCUGCCAUGGGCAUUGCACCCCUGUUUGGCUGAUUAAUGAUUAGAUCUUCAAAGUGUUUGAGAGGCUUGUGACACACGUCACAUACACAAUGGUGACUGUCAAUCCAAGAUCAUCCAAAUGUCAGUAGAGGUGCUAAGUAAUCAACAGCUUAAGGAGCACGUCUUCUCUGCUCUUUGUAUUUGCCAGCACAUGCAGUUCUGAUAAUGUGAAGCCCCUGUGUACACACUUAGCUACCAUUCUCAAAGGUCUAUCAGCAAGGCCAUGGCUUUUUUGGGGACCCUGGGUACUGCCUGAGGGCUGCCCAAGGGCUGAACUCAAGGGUAAAGAAUCACUUCUAGGUUCACACACACCAGCACACAUGUACACACACAGAUAGGCAACACAGUUCUGUUUUGGUACCUGAUGGUACCUUCUCCAGAGAACUCAUCAGUAUCUAAAAUCAAAGUCGUAGCCUUGUGUUUGUCUCCCACUCCAUGAAGCCAAGUUUCAUCUGUUUCAUCCACCACUACCUCCACAGCAUCUCAAGCAGUGCCCAGCAUGUAGAACCCUUCAGAAAUAGUUGUUGAGAGAGUAAGUCCAUGUGGCAAAAGAUACUAAGUUAACAGAAUACAUAAGACCAGUUGGAAAGAAUUGAUGCAAGAUAUGCUGCAUUCCUCUGGUUGUCUGAAUGAGGAUGCUCUCUCUGGGCUCAGGGUUUAAAUGCUUGGUCCCCAGUUGAUGGCACUGGUUGGGAGACUUAGGAAAUGGGGUCUUCUUGGAGGAAGUCUGUCACUGGAAGCAGCUUUAAGAGUUUCAACACUUGCACCGUUUCGUGUUUGCCCUCUCCGCUUCAUGCCUGUGGUUUAAGAUAUGAACCCUCAGCUUGCUGCUCUAGUACCCAUUCCUACCUGCUGCCAUUCUGCCCUAUCUUAAUGAUGAUGGACUCUUAACCUCUGGAACCACAAGCCCAAAUAUACCCUUACUUCUAUAAAUUGCCUUAGUCGUGGUGAUUUAUCACAGCAAUGGAAAAGGAACCAACACUUGCACAGUUAAUGGAUCUGACAUUAGUGAUCACAUGUUAAACAGCCAACACUUUCUGCACAGUGGUAGACACCCAUUCUACAGUUCCCAAGGCUGUGGCACUUUCAUGAAGUAGAGGGAACUACACCCAUUGCUUUUCUUGCCUUUUAUAUACCAGCAGUGUGCCAUUCAAUGUUUCAUCAUCAGAGUAACUCACUUUGCUUCCUGUUCACACUACACAACACCUCAUAUUAUAAUUGGUUCACUGUUCGAACUACUAGAUUUAAUUCUGGUGUUUCUUUACUUGGAAAAAUAUCAUAAUAAUUAGACACUGGUUGUGUGCAUUGUCUACUAGGCCUAUGCAAGGACUAAGAAAAGAAAACGUUCUUCGUAUUGUUUGAGCAUGUCACACAUAUGUUUCGAUCACAUCUUCUCCCCACUCUCUCCCCUCCCUCUUCUCCCACCAUUUCUCCACGGGUUUCCCCCUCCAACUUCAUGUACUCCUCUUUUUUCUUUUUAACCCACUGAGUCCACUCAGUGCUUGACCGUAUGUCCAUGGAUGUGGGGCCAUCUCCUAGAACAUGGCCAACCUAUCAGGGACUGAAUCCAAAGUAAAUGGAUCUAGGGGUGGGACUUUGUGGUCCAUUCCCAUUCCAUGCUGGGAUCUCAGCUGGCUUGAUUGUGUACAGGUCUUGUCUUUGCACUCAUAGCCACUAUGAGCUCAUGUGUGCAACAUCCUGGUGUGACUGGGAAGCACUCUUUCACAACAGUUCUCUUAUCACCUCUGUGAUAAUGGUGGCUCCUCUUCCAUGAUGAUCCCUGAGCCUUGGGGGGAAAGGGUGUAAUACAGAUGGUCCAGUUGACAGAGGAGCACUCUGCAGUACUUUGACCAGUUUUGAAUCUUUGUAUCCAUCACCAUCUACUGCAAAAAGAAGGUUCUCUGACAAAGGUUGAGAGCUGCACUAGUCUAUGGGCAUAAAGUUAAGUAUUUAGAGUGCAG